AUGCCUAUUCUCUCUGGAGGCAGCGACCAAGACUAUAGUAACAUUAGCUACGCUUCUUGUAAUUCCUUGAGCCAUUUCUUUCCUGUCUCCGUUGAAACUCCUUCUGUCAAAGGGGUCCAUUACCAAAGAGCCAGGAGGAUUUACCGCCCUGAUCAAGCCUCUGCAGUCGAUCUAAAGACAGAAAUUAUGAUAAAUGUUGGAGGCAUCAAAUACCUGCUACCCUGGAGCACUUUAGAUGAAUUUCCCCUGACCAGACUGAGCAAACUUAAGUUUUGCAGCAGCUACGAAGAAAUUAUUCAGCUGUGUGAUGAUUACGAUGAAGACACCCGUGAGUUCUUCUUUGACAGGAACCCCAAUGCUUUUGGGAUGAUUGUCAGCUUUCUAGCAGCAGGGAAGCUGAUGCUCUUAAGAGACAUGUGUGCCUUGUCUUUCCAGGAGGAGCUGAGAUACUGGGGGAUUGAGGAAUCCAACCUGGAGAACUGCUGCUUUCGAAAAUUAUUUCAGAAACUGCAGGAGCUGGCUGAGGUACGGAAAGAAGAGGAGCUCCGGAGGAGCAAAGAAGCUGCAUGUGUCCUGGAUGAGAAGACCAAAUUUGGGCAGUUUAUGAACAGACUCAGAGAUAUGGUAGAAAAUCCUCAGUCGGGACUCCCAGGCAAAGUCUUUGCUUGUCUGUCCAUCCUCUUUGUGGCCACCACAGCUGUAAGCCUUUGCGUUAGCACAAUGCCGGAUUUAAGAGCUGAAGAAGACAGGGGUGAGUGUUCCCAGAAGUGCUAUUACAUCUUCGUCAUAGAGACCAUCUGCGUGGCUUGGUUUUCUCUGGAGUUCUGCCUCCGAUUCAUUCAAGCAAGGAGCAAGUGUCAGUUCUUCAAAGGGCCCCUAAACAUCAUUGAUUUCUUGGCUAUUUCACCCUAUUAUGUUUCCCUCAUCUUGGCAGAGGAUGACUCAAGUGAAACGGAUGACAGGCCAAGCAGCAACACUUAUUUGGAGAAGGUUGGGUUGGUGCUACGUGUUUUACGUGCCUUGAGGAUCUUGUAUGUCAUGCGCCUUGCCCGGCACUCCUUGGGCCUGCAGACCUUGGGCCUCACCGUUCGCAGGUGCACACGAGAAUUCGGCCUGCUCCUACUCUUCCUAUGCGUGGCUGUCACUCUGUUUUCUCCUUUGGUUUAUCUUGCCGAGAACGAAUCCGGCAAGGUAUUGGAAUUCACGAGCAUACCUGCCUCCUACUGGUGGGCCAUCAUCUCCAUGACCACCGUGGGGUACGGAGACAUGGUGCCACGGAGCGUCCCAGGUCAGAUGGUGGCUCUGAGCAGCAUCCUCAGUGGCAUUCUCAUCAUGUCCUUUCCUGCAACAUCAAUAUUCCACACUUUCUCCCAUUCCUACUCGGAGCUGAGGAAGGAACAUGAACGCCUGCAGUCUCGGAUGAACCGAGUUAAAAAUGCCAAUCAUUCUGGUGAAAGUGACACCUUCAAUGAGACAGACAGCUUGAUCCUGGAGGAGCCAGUAUCACCCAUCAAAUACAUUUACACAGGGAAGUAAGCCUAGCUCGAAAGCUUUCCCAAGAAUAGGAUACACGUGUAUGUCAACAUAACACACAAAGCAAAGCAACAAAAUACGUUACGCCGCUAUUUUUCUCUGCCAGGAGAUGUAUAACAACGCAGCACAAGCCAAUGCAGCUGGCUCCAGCACA